GGUAAAUAAAUAAAUGACUCAACAUACAUACAUAUAUAUAUAUAUAUAUAUAUAUAUAUAUAUAUUUGCGCACAUAUAUAUAUAAUCAUUCACUAACUCUUACGAACAGAAGCGAAACGACUUCUCUGAUUAAUCUGCGCCUGAAAAUAUGUUUCCCCACAUAGUAUCAUAUGUGCAAACGUUUGUAUUGAUACUGUGUUCGAUAUUGGUUUUGGAGGCUCAAGCUGUUUCAUAUAUAUGCAAGAUAUGUACUUGCUACGGACCUACAAAGGUAUAUUGUAAAUAUCGCCAAUUAACAUCAGUCCCACAACCGAUUCCGAUGGAUAUUGAAUUGUUAACCUUGGAGUAUAAUAACAUCGAGAUAAUCGAACGCGGUGUCUUCAAUAAUCUCAAAUAUUUAGAGAAACUAUAUUUAAACGGAAAUAAUAUUUCGAGCAUUGAAGAAGGAAGUUUCCAGGGUCUUCCUAGAUUACAGCUAUUAUCUAUUCAUGGAAAUAAUAUUUCGCAUAUAGAAAAAGGGAUAUUCCAAGAUCUUCCGAGUUUAAAGGAAUUAUAUCUUCACAGAAAUAAUAUUUCGAGCAUUGAAGAAGGAAGCUUUUACGCCCUUCCUAGACUACAAAUAUUAUAUUUGAGGAAUAAUACAAUCAAGAAAAUCGAUCCCGGAAUCUUCUACAAUCUUACCAAUUUACAGUUAUUAAAUUUGGAGUUUAAUAAGAUUGAGAAAAUCGAACGUGGAGUCUUCCAAAAUCUUACCAAUUUACAGAAAUUAUAUUUAGACGGAAAUAAUAUUUUGAGUAUUGAAGAUGGAAGCUUUCAAGGUCUUAAUGAUUUACAGAAAUUAUCUCUUCACGUAAAUAAUAUUACACAUAUUAAAAGAGGAACGUUCCAGAAUCUUCCGAAGUUAAAGGAACUAUAUGUUUACAGCAAUAAUAUUUCGAGUAUUGAACAAGGAAGCUUCCAGGGUCUUCCAAGACUAGAGAUAUUAUAUCUCAAGAAUAAUACGAUCGAGAAAAUCGAUCGUGGACUCUUCCACGGCCUUACCAAUUUACAGUUAUUAACUUUGGAGUAUAAUAAGAUCGAGAAAAUCGAACGUGGAAAUUUCCUAAAUCUUUACAAUUUACAGAAACUAUUUUUAAACGGAAAUAAUAUUUCGAGCAUUGAAGAAGAGAGCUUCCGAGCUCUUCGUCGAUUACAGCAAUUAUCUCUUCAAAGAAACAAUAUUUCGCAUAUUGAAAAGGGGAUCUUCGAGGGUCUUAUAUUUUUAGAGAAAUUAUAUUUGAACAAUAAUACAAUCGAGGAAAUCGAUCGAGGAAGUUUUGAUAGCCUUACCCGUUUAUCGUUAUUAACUUUGGAAUAUAAUAAAAUCGAAAAGGUCGAACGUGGAAUAUUUCAAGGACUUAUUUAUUUACAGAAAUUAUAUUUAAACGGAAAUAAUAUUUCGAGUAUUGAACAAGGAAGCUUCGAGGGUCUUCAUCGAUUGCAGCAAUUGUCUCUUCACAGAAACAGUAUUUCGCAUAUUUCGAAAGAAAUCUUCCAAGGUCUUCCAAGUUUAAAGGAAUUAUAUUUAUACAGGAAUAAUAUUUCGAGCAUUGAACAAGGAAGCUUUGAAGAUCUUCCUAGACUAAAGAUAUUAUAUCUGAAGAAUAAUACGAUCGAAAAAAUCGAUCAGCGAAUCUUCCACAACCUUACCGGUUUAAAGAUAUUAACAUUUGAGCAUAAUAAGAUCGAGAAAGUCGAACGUGGAACCUUCCAAAGUCUUACCAAUUUACAGGAAUUGUAUUUAAAUGGAAAUAAUAUUUCGAGUAUUGAACAAGGAAGCUUCCAAGGCCUUUACCGAUUGCAGCAAUUAUCUCUUCACAUAAAUAAUAUUUCGCAUAUUGAGAAAGGUAUCUUCCAAGAUCUUCCAAUUCUGAAGAAACUAUAUCUUUACCGAAAUAAUAUUUCGAAUAUUGACCAAGGAAGUUUUCAAAGUCUUCAUAGAUUACAGAUGUUGUAA